AUGGUUAUGAAAUCUGGAAUGAGAGGAAUGAGCAAAUCACUUACAUAUGACCUUUCUGAUCAAACGGUUAGUAGCAGCUGUAAAAAGUUUGAAUUUGAGGGGAUUCUUUGUGCACAUGCACUAAAAUUAUACCAUGAAUUAGAGUUUUCAACUCUACCAUCUAAUUAUUAUUUAAAGAGAUGGAGCAAGGAAGCUACAUGUGAUGUUGACUUUGAUUCCAAUGGGGAAGUAGCUUUGAGUACUCUAGAGUCAUCUUUCACGGUUCAGUAUAGCGAGUUAUCUCAUAUAGUACAAAGAAUCAUAGCAAAGGGUGCAAGGAACAACCAAACAUGCACUUUUUUGAAGUCUGAAUUGUUACAGUUAGAGGCAAAAUUAGAAAAACAUCCAUACUUUGGAGACGAACACGAUGAAAUUAUUGAUAAGCAUGUCAGUGAAGAUGAGGAUGAUCUUAAAUUGCGAGAUCCAAAGAUUCAAAAGUCCAAAGGUAGAGGAAAAGGUAGAAUUAAGAGUUCAUUGGAAUCAAAGCCAUCGAAAAAGAAAGGUUCAUCUAAAAGAAAAUUUGGCUAA